UUGGGCCCUCCUCCCUCUCCUCUGGAUGGAGCCGGUCGGGGGAGCCAGGCUGCGGCGGCGGCGUGAGCGGACGGCGCCGUGCCCCGCUGCGACAAGGAGCUCGGCCCUGUCCGCAUCGCCUGGCCGGUCUGGUCUCCGCCGAGGACGCCGGUCUGACGCGCGCGCGUAUCCAGGCGCCGAUGCGGGGCUUGGGGGACAUCACCCGCGCCCUGCUCGCCACUAAUCGCUUCUUCGCAUCUUCGUCCACAGCCAGGUACAAAAUUAACUUCCGUUGGAGCAAUGGCUGGUGGGCCGAUUCAGCUCUGGAAUGAGUGGGCAACCCAGAUCCUCGUCCUCCUCAGCUUGGCACUGCAGAUUUUCCUCUUUCUAUUCGCUAGGACUCGUCGACGUGGACCCUCCAGCGUGCUCAAGAUCCUCCUUUGGUUGGCAUACCUCAUGGCUGACUCCACUGCUGUCUACACUCUCGGCCAUCUCUCCAUCAGCGGUUCGCCGCAUGAGCAGAAGCUCGCGGUAUUCUGGGCGCCCUUCCUCCUGGUCCAUCUUGGUGGCCAGGAUACCAUCACCGCCUAUGCCCUCGAAGACAACCAGCUUUGGUCGCGCCACCUGCUAAAUCUAGGGGUCCAAGCCUUUGGGGUUGCUUAUGUCCUCUAUAAGCAUAUCACUGAGAUCCCCACCUCACUGGGAUUGGCUACCGGCUUGAUGUUUGUCAUUGGCCUCAUCAAGUAUGGGGAGAGGAUAUGGGCCCUCAAGUGCGCCACCCUGAACAACAUCCUGAGCUCUGUUAGGGAAGCUCAGUAUCUCCCUUCUUACUACAGAGAGCUUCCUUCCCAGGGAGUGAGGGCAGAAGAGCGAGAUGAAGAAGAAAUCAUGUUGUAUGCACAAGGCAUGCUCCCUCUUUGCAAGGGUGCUAUGGCCGGUUUUCCUGUUACUUUAAUGCGGAUGCCUAGAGUUCUGAGUGGUAUAGUCAAUUCUCUCAAGCUGGUGGAGAUGGAGCUCUCUCUCAUGUAUGACAUCCUCUACACGAAGGCUGCGGUGAUCCACAACUGGUAUGGCUACUGCAUCCAUAUAUUCUUGCCGCUCGCGACUAUCGCCGCAUCCGUGCUGUUCCAUUUAAAUGGUAAUAAAAACAGUUACAGUAGAGUCGAUGUUGCUAUCACUUACAUCUUGUUGGUCAGUGCCUUCCUCCUGGACAUGGUGUCAGUGUUGUGCAUUUUUGGGUCGACCUGGACAUGUAAUUUCUUGUUGACUAGAGGCUGGAGUAGGCUAGGUCUUAUCGUCCUGUCUCUUCGCCGGCAUGUCAAGGCUUCUAGAGUUAGAAGGUGGUCAGGCUCUAUUGGCCAAUUUAACUUGUUGCGUUUCUGCUCUCGUGACAAGACCAAGCUAAGCAUCAGAGUGGCCAAGAUGUUGGGGCUCGAGAAUUGGUGGAAUAAACUGCAUUAUCCAGAGAAUGUAGUGAUUCCAGAAGAUGCCAAGGAGUUGGUGCUCCAACUUUUGUGGCAAGCAGUGAAGGAGAUUCAUGACCCGGGAGCAAAGGAUGAGACCCAGUUCCCACCUGUGGAGAAACCAAUGGUGAGGGGGCUAGUCGAUAGCAUACAAGUGGGAUUUUGUCCUGAAUCAUACGAAGGUACUGCCAGGAGGCGUACGAAAUUAGCCGAGGCUCUGGGCUUCGGUGCUGAAUUCCAAGAGGCGGUCCUUACCUGGCACGUCUUUACCGAUGUUUUCCUCUUGUGCAGCAACACCCUGAAGAACAAGGAUGCAACAACAUCCACAUAUCUGAAGGCGAUCAAGGUGCUGUCAAAUUACAUGGUUUUCCUUAUUGCUAUACGCCCCGAUAUGAUGCCUGGCCUCGAGCUAUGCAGCCUGUACGAAGCAACUCGUGAUGCUUUGGAUCGAGUAUGGAGUACAUUUCAUGGCCGGGAGAUGCUUGCCCACACCCUGCACUCUGGUGAGGCCAGUGUUCUGCCUGGAAUGGAAUGCGUCCCUCUCCUGCGUGGAGCUUUGUAUACCCGGCUGCUGAUAAAGGUGGUAGGUAGUACAGGUGAUUCUGACAAGUUUGAUCCUUUCGAAUGCCAUGAUCAUGCUGCCAUGGAUAUGCUGAAGCGCCUGAUGCCAGAUCUGGAGUUCUCAUGCAGAAGUGGUGUAUUUGAUAUGCCCAAAGCGUUGGCGCUCAUCUUGGAUACAUGGGUGCGUCUUCUCGUCCUCGCGUCUGUCCAAUGCAGCAGAGACGCCCAUGCCAGACAGAUCAACCAUGGCGGCGAGCUCACAACCGUUGUCUGGCUCAUGGAAGAACACGCUGCGCUCUUUUUUACGCCACAUCCAGAUGGCCAUAAGUGGCUUCCUCCCACUUAUGCCUUCGUGUGAAUCCCGUUCAUCGGAAGAUCCAGAAAGUGAGGAAAUUCCCCUCAGAGAGCAAUUUCGCAUGGCGUGGUUCACGAGGAAAAAAAUAGUAAAACAUGGCAGCAUGGUGUUGCUUAGCGCUGUCGAAUAAAUUAUGGAUUACUGUCUCUCCUCUGCUUAUGUUCCUUAGUUAACAGAAGCUGCGUUGUACUUUCAACUUCUAUUCAAUGCAAAACUUGGUUCUUUUUCUAUUUUGAGAUAAGCCCUAUAAACCGGAAAGGAGGGAGUAUUAAACAUAAUUAGUGUUGAACCAUUAAAAUAUGUAUACCUCGUUGCAAUGUACGGGCAGUUAUCUAGUCAAAUUGUAAGUUUUGACCCUGAAUUGUACGAAGAAACUGCCACGAGGCGUAGGAAAUUAGAAGAUGCUCUGGGCUUUGGUGUUGAACUCCAACAGGUGAUCCUUUUUUUUUCUCGAAUAUGCACGAGUGUGCAUAUCAUAUAUUAAAGAAGAAGGGCGAAGAUGCCUCCACAGUUACAUUACAAGCUUGUAUGGCCUUACAACCCGUACACUAAACCCCUCCAGGUUCCCUUUGAACAGGCCCGCAUAUGCCCAUAACGCGCACUCAGAUUUUACCUUGUCUAUGAGUCUCUCCACCAACAGGUGAUCCUUAGCUUCCAAGUCUUCCCUCUUGUCCAGAAGCGGCACCUUCAAAGACAAGCUAGGUGCAACAUCCUCCACAUAUCUGAAGGGGAUCAAGGUGCUGUCAGAUUACAUGGUGUUCCUCAUUGCUAGACGCCCUAACACGAUAGUGGAACUCGAGCUACACAGCACAUACGAAGCAACCUGCCAUGCUUUGGAGGGCAUGUGGCAUGAACGUUGUGAUGAAACAUCUUUUGUAACAAGAGAGGAGAUGCUUGCAUGCACCUUGCAAAACAGUUCGUACAGGCAGCUUAGAGAGUCGACCAUCAUUCUCCAGUAUGGAGCUAUGCAUGCCAAACUGCUGGGACAAGUGGUUGAUGGAGACGAACCUACUACCAGUUCUAGCACCAAAUAUUUGCACAGCGUUAUGCAUCGAUUUGGCGUGGAUAUGUUGCAGCGUUUGAUGCCAGAUCCAGAUGAUCUAUGCAUGGAGUGCAGCAGAGAUCGUGUAUUCAAUGUGCCCAAAUGGUUGGCGCUCAUCUUCAACGGAUGGGUGCAUCUCUCCUCAUCAUCGUUUCCAUCCGAUGCAGCAGAGAAGCCCAUACCAGAACACGCUGGCUCAUGGAAGAACACGCUGCCAUGUUUCUCAAGCCACCUGCAGACGUUCCUCGGCUUGCUUCCUAUCUAGUGAAACUGGUUCAUCGGAGUAUCUAGAAAAUGCCGCUGCUUAGUGAUGUCCAAUUAAUUUUUUUUUGACUGGGAGUGAUGUCCAAUUAAUUGUCGACUAAUGUAUCUCCUCUACUUCUAUUCCUUUGCAAAGAUGCCUGUCAUCACGUAAAUUUGUUUGUUUAGACAAAGAAAGCUCUUCUCUUGUUACUCCAAAGCCAGCCAUCGCAGAAAUUUGUACUCGAUCUAUUCACUCUGUUUUUUUACCCCGUAACUCUUUCACUCUGUUGCUUCUCGUGAUAUAUAUAUAUGGUGCUAUGCUUUUGGGGGAGGCGUCUGCAUCCCUCUAUGUGUGCACAACAAUUUGACAAGCUGCAACCGAUGUGAAGAUUAAUUCUGCAAGGAGAGAAAGUACCAUGACUCGUGAUGAGUAGCCUGCGAGGACCUUCAGUUUG